AUGGCGGACCAUUUUUUCACGAAAUCUCUUCCAAAAGUCGUAAGUACUAUUGUGAUUGUUUAUAAUUAUACUUUGUUUCUUGCUAAUGUGAAAGGUGUUUUAGUGUUCUGGAAAGUUAUAAGGAAAUAGUUUCGUAUGAUGCACUCAGUUAAAAUAUAUUUUGUGAAAAAGCUCUCACAGGAGUGGGGGAGCUGGCAGGCAUAGUUGAACAGGCUGCAGCUUCACGUCUCGGAAUGGUUAUGGGUUGUAGGUCAGUAAGGACUGUUUGAUUUUUUAAAUUUCUCCGUAGGAGCUGCAUGCUCACCUCAAUGGUUCCAUCAGCUCAAGUACAAUACAGAAAUUGAUAGAGUACAAAAAAUCAAGGACUGUUGAUGGUUUUGAUGUCCCUAAAGAAUGGGAGUGUUGCAUGGCUGGAGACAAGAAAAUGACAUUAGAACAGUCAGUAUAUACUUUUGACGAGUUGACCAUGGGUUGCACUGUUCCAGUACUCAGUGAAACCUGAAUUACGUACUGUAAAAAAAGUUUUCUGUCAAAUUUCUUAGAGGUUUCAUGAUAUUCAAGAUUGUUCAUACUUUAGUUGAUGAUCUUCAAUCUUUAGCAAUGGUGAGUUGGUGUGGAUAAAGACUGUUCUGCUCUGCCCAAUUGUUUUCUUUGUAUUUCUGCUGGCAGUAUGGUUUAAAUAUGCAUUGUUCAAUUCCCGCAGUAUACUUUCAUCUAUUAACAAUUCCUUCUCAUUAACAAAGAAGAGCAACUUCAGUUUGAGUCUACCAACACCACAGGUUGCAUCUACUAAUGCUGGAUGAGUAAGGGAUGUCAAGGGGGAAUAGUUUAGAACAUAGAACUAUCCAGUUUAAUUAAAGUUUAGUGUAGGUUUUCUCAUAUAGGUGACUCGAGAUGUUGUUAGCGAGUUCCAUGAGGACGGUGUUUGUUAUUUGGAAUUAAGAAGCACACCUCGAGCAAAUGAAGCAAACAGUAUGUGGAGUAUUAUCAGUUUGUCCUCAACCAUGUGACCUAGCUUUCACAGACUGUGGAAUAUUGCCAUUAAAUUGUGUGUAAUAAGAACACAGUACAUCAACUAUGUUAUGGUUUUCAAUGUAUGUGUUCAUAUUGCAGAAAUCACAAAAAGAUCAUAUGUAGAAACAAUUCUUGAGGCAAUCCUAGAAACAACAAAGAAAAUUGACAUUGUUGUCAGGUAAAAAAUAGGAAGCUUUCAAUAUCUCCCAGUGCACAUGCAUUACAUUUCCAUGACCUUCUAUCUGAUCAACAUGUGCAAAUUUGUAUGCCUUGAAGGUUUUUAUUGUCUAUUGAUCGUCGUCAAAGUGUGUGUGAAGCAGAAGAUACAGUAGAGCUUGCUAUUGAAUAUAAAGACAAAUAUGAUGGAUUGGUUGUUGGUGUUGAUCUAAGCGGUGAUCCUAAAGUAAGAAAGAUGGCCUUUGUGUAACAAAGCUGGAUUGAUAGGGAUAGAGUGUGCCCCAACUCCAAACUCUUAAAACUGCCAUGAUAUUCGAUCACAAUUCGCGGUGAUGUUCUUUUGCUGUUUUUGGUUUUAUUACUACUUCACAUUACUUGAUGCAGGUUGGCAAUGCAGCUGAAUUUAUUCCAUGUUUGUCAAGAGCAAGAUCUGCUGGAUUGAAACUGGCUUUUCAUGUAGCUGAGGUAUAAUAAUUGCAUAUAUUUUCUUUCAAAUCACUGCACUUGUACUAGAUUUUAUUAAGAAUUAUCAACUGCAGAAAUGUUGUCGUUUGUGGGAGCAAAAUAACUAAACUACCCCCCUCAGUUAUAUUUAUUUGCCACCAAAUAAAAACUCUCGUAUAAUGAAAAGGAUUAAGUUUAUUUUCCCGACUCUGGUAACUGCAGAUUGACCACCUUCUGAUGGAUGGUAGUGCACCUAUUAAAAUGGUAUCAAUUUUUCUGUAGGUCCCAAACAUUGUCGAAACUAAGACGCUACUUGAGUUUUCUCCAGAUCGUAUAGGUCAUGGUACAUGUAUUUAUCCUGAUAAGGGUGGAGAUCAGGAAUUGGUUGAUGUUAUGCUACAAGCGAAGAUUCCGUUAGGUAACAUAAAUUUGAAUGCGUGACAAAGUUUUUGCCAUUUGUAAAAGUACCUUAAGUUUGUAAAAGCAUUACUUUUUAUUUUUCUCGUUAGAGCUGUGUCUUAGUUCCAACGUCAAAUGCCGUACAGUAAAGUCGUAUGCAGAUCAUCAUUUUAAAGAUUGGAGGAAAAAUGAUCAUCCUGUUGUGAUAUGUGUAAGUAAUUUACUACCUCUGUAUGAUCUAAGUAAUAUUUAAAACACGAGCAACGGUGCUUUAUCAGAUAUGAAACACGAGGUGACAGCCGAGUAUCUUAUAUCUGAUAAAGCACGAACUACGAGUGUUUUAAAUGGCUUAAAAAACGACCCAUCUGACGAGUUCAUUGGCGAAGUAAUUUUAAAAUCAACGUUGUCUGAGCCCGAGAAAAUCAAAGCUAAAGCCUGCAGCACACGAGAGCUAUCUGCUGAGCAAAAAGUUACUCGUGCCUGUUAGCUCAGUUUUAUUGAGUUUUAUGCCUCAUGCAACCUUUUCUCGCGUAUCAAACAUGUUUGAUCGGUGAGCUAUCGGCUGAGCUAACAGGCACAAGUAACUUUUGGCUCAGCAGAUAGCUCUCGUGUGCUGCAGGCUUAAGGUUUAUGUAAAUGAACAUGAUUUUUUAUCACAUGUAAAACCAUCGACACGACAGUGAUUUCCUUUUCCUCACGAAUUAUAAAUGAGUUUUUUAACUAUUGCAGACGGAUGAUAAGGGAGUAUUUAUGUCGUCUCUCUCAGAUGAGUACCUCUUAGUUGCCAAGACAUUCUCUCUGAGUAAGCUGGAUCUUUGGAAGUUAAGUUAUGACAGUAUAAAUUACAUUUUUGAACAAAAUACGGUAAAAGAACAACUUCGCACAAAAUGGCGAGAGUGGAAAGAUGAAAGCAUAUGACGCCCAUACGAAAAUAAUGCUUCGUAAUAGGAUUGAAACUCAGGACUUCCAAAAUAAGCUGACGGCCGACACAAGGUUUACCUCUGGUUAUUUUGUUUAGUAUUUGAAAUAUCAAUUCUGCUCUCCUUCCUCCACUCUAUAAGCUUUCAAACAAAAUUAUUUUUCAACAUGCUCUGGUUAUUUUCAAAAACGACGUACUAUUUCGUAAAACUGAUUUAGUUAUUUGCCAUAUAAUUUACUUAUUGCUUAAAAAUUUCAAACGCGUUUUGCAAGUAGAGAUUGUCUUGUGGCGAGUUUGAAGAUUAUCACAAUGUCCGGCACCAUAGACCAGCGAACAAAUACAUACUCACUUGGACUUCCCUUAUAUGGGCACGCCAGAAUCCGCUGUAGAGAGGUGUUAAAAGACCCAUUGCACAUGACGUCACGGCGCCGGUGACGAUGUAUCUGGAGGACAAAUUUGCAAUCUAUGCAUAAAUAUAACUUCU